AUGGCGAAUAACGCGGCUGCUUGUGCUGAGAGGGCUACAAAUGAUAUGCUGAUUGGUCCCGAUUGGGCUAUCAACAUUGAACUCUGUGACAUUAUCAACUUGGAUCCUAGUCAAGCAAAAGAAGCUGUGAAGGUGCUCAAGAAAAAGCUAGGAAGCAAAAACUCCAAAGUUCAGAUUCUUGCUCUCUAUGCAUUGGAAACUUUGAGUAAGAACUGUGGUGAGGACGUGUUCCAGCUAAUCGUGGACCGUGGUAUAUUGCCUGAUAUGGUCAAAAUAGUGAAGAAAAAGCCAGACUUGAGUGUAAGGGAGAAGAUACUUAGUUUAUUAGAUACAUGGCAAGAAGCUUUUGGUGGAAGCGGUGGAAGAUUCCCUCAGUAUUACAAUGCUUAUAAUGAACUCAGGUCUGCUGGAGUUGAGUUCCCACCUCGAACCGAGAGCAGUGUACCCUUCUUUACUCCUCCUCAGACUCAGCCUAUUAGUGCUCAAGCCGUUGCAUCAGAUGAAGAUGCUGCUAUUCAGGCCUCUUUGCAAAGUGAUGAUGCUUCUGCACUUAGUGUGGAAGAGAUUCAAAGCGCUCAGGGAUCAGUUGAUAUUUUGACGGACAUGCUUGGAGCUCUUGAUCCAAGCCACCCUGAGGGUUUAAAGGAAGAACUUAUAGUUGAUUUGGUUGAGCAAUGCCGUACUUAUCAAAGGCGUGUAAUGACUCUUGUCAACACCACAUCAGAUGAGGAGCUUCUGUGUCAAGGAUUGGCCUUAAACGACAACUUGCAGCGUGUUCUUCAGCAACAUGAUGAUAAGGCAAAGGGAAACUCUGUUCCUCCUGCAACAGCUCCCACUCCAAUACCGCUUGUUAGCAUCAACCAUGACGAGGAUGAUGAUGAGUCAGAUGAUGAUUUUGCUCAGCUAUCUCACAGGUCGAAAAGAGACAGUGGACGAGUGAGUUUCAACCCUGUUCUUCCUCCUCCACCACCUACAAUGAGACCAGUACAUGUGGAAUCUGGUUCUAUGGACUUCCUCAGUGGUGAUGUCUACAAACCUCAAGGAACAUCAGAUCGAGACUCUUCUGCUCCUGUUUUUGAUGAGCCGGUUCCUAGUAGCAAAUCCCCAGAGCAAGCUUUGUUCACCAAACCAGUUUAUGACCAAACUGAGCAGUUACCUCGUGCUCCAUGGGAUCCUGAAGGAACCAGAGUUAUUCCACCACCAAUGUCUGUUAGAACCAAGCAUAAUAAUGUUCCUCAACACUCAAGCAGUGGCUCUGAUGCUUCUUACGAUGAUCUCGUGGGACAGUCCAGGAACCUUUCUCUGAAUCCAACAGCCUCUGCUGCUGCUGCUACACCUCCAAAGAAAGAUGAUAAGCCAGAGGAUAUACUUUUCAAAGACUUGGUUGACUUUGCCAAAAACAGGAAGUCCUCUUCUUCUUCUUCUUCCUCCAAGCCGCUUUGA